UGAAGGCCCUCCCCCUUUCACGACACGGCUGCGUCCCCUUGCAGACGUUUGACGUCAUGACGUCAUUGGAAGCGUAGGAAAACAUGGCGGCCGCCGACGAGUCGAGACGUUUCUCUCAAUUUUAAGCGUUUAAUAUUUAGUUCUGAGCGAUAAUAUUGACCAUGGAUGAAGUAGAGACAAUUGUGCCAUCUGCGGAGAAAGAAGAGAUGGAGGAGGAGGUCAUGGCGGAACAGCAGGAAAAAGGAGACAAUGAGGAAGAAGAGAUGGAGGAGGAGGUCAUGGCAGAACAGCAGGAAGAAGAAGGAGACAAUGAGGAAGAAGAGGAAUGUGGAGAUGAUGCAGAACAGGAAAGUAGAGGUGAUAAGGAAAAGGAAGUAGAAGCAGUGCCGCAGGCCACAGUUAAAGUUAAAGUUCAGAAAAAAAAUCCAUUCCCUGUUAAAUCCAAAGAGAAGAAGGAUGAAAGCCUAAAUCUCAACAAUGAGGUGGUGAGGAUGAGGAAGGAGGUAAAGAGGGUGAGGGCUUUGGUCAUCAGGAAGAUGACGCGACAGAUUGCCGCCCUGAAGAAGAAGAAGGGGAAAGAGAUGGAAAUUGAGAGGAAUCAAAGGAGAGCUGCCCGACUGCUGGAGGAGAUCCACGCCAUGAAGGCCCUCUCACCAGACCUGGUGACCAAGACAGCCUUACAGAAGAAAAUCAGCUUUGAAGAGGUGUGUAAAAACCCAAAAUCUACUCUAUCCGACCGUGCCACAGCACGCAUCGCCACCCACCCUCAGUUCAGCAAGAAGAUUGAGACCAUCAAAACUGCUGUGAAGGCCUUCAAAGAGGAGCGGAUAAAGGAUGCAAAGCAGGGAUGGAAGGACAAAGUGCAAACUAAAGCUCCACAGGUGACUCCACAGGUGACUCCACAGGUGACUCCACAGGUGACUCCACAGGUGACUCCACAGGUGACUCCACAGGUGACUCCACAGGUGACUCCACAGGUGACUCAACAGGUGACUCCACAGGUGACUCCACAGCCACAAGACAAAAAGGAAGCGAGAAAGAUGGAGAAAGAAGAAAAGGAAGUUACAGUGAAGCAACCGGAAAUCAUAGACGAUGAGGAAGGAGAUGUUAUCCUUAAAGACACUAAAGAUAUAACUGUUGCUGAACCUGAAAAGGAAACGGUCAAAGCAACUCCUUCAGCUGAUACUGCUGAUGGUCAAAGGAAGGAAAUGCCAGAGUCUAAGAAUGUAAGACCAGCAUCAAUUAAAAGCAGUGAAGGAAAGGACAUCGUGGAAAACAAAAGUCAAAGUAAACCUACAGAAAAGAAACCCGAUCCUAAGUCUGCACCUGAAGUGCUUCAGAAAAAGAAGACUGAGGAAGAGAGUGAUUUAGAGUCAUCAGGUGAUGAAGAGAAAGAGUACUUUGAUGACAGCACGGAGGAACGGUUCCAAAAGCAAUCCUCCCAGUCUGAGGAGAGCGACGAUGACGAUGACGGCUUCUUUGUCGGAAAGGUGAGUAAAUACAAGAAGAAGAGGAAGCAGAAAAGUGUAGAAUGGGGGAAGGCCGAUGAGGGCUGCGAAGUGAAAAGUUCCGAUAAGGUGCAGAAUGAACUUGAUGAGCUCGAGUCCAGGCUGAAGUCUAAAGCCACCUCGCAGUCUGUUUUUUGCUCUUCCCUCUCUAAACCUGGUGGGGGCAGAGGGAGAGAUGGGGAUAGAUUUAGGGGCCAAGGGGGGCCAAGGGGUGGCAGUGGUCCAAAUAGAGAUUUCAGUAAACAAUCCAAGUUCCAAAAUCAAGAAAGAGGAGCAGAAAGAAAUUCAGGGUUCAAGUACAGCAAGCCCUUCCCUGAGGGCCGACACCGCGAGGCGUCAGAGAAGGGCUUUGCCUCUGUCGGCAGAGGGAGGGGCAGAGGCCGAGAGGAUUUUACGAGGCAAAAUGAUCGCAGGGGUGGAGCCGGCUUUUCCCAUCAGGCACCACAGCAGGCACUGCAUCCAUCCUGGGAGGCCAGUAAGAAAAAGAAAGAGCAGCAAGGACAAAUCCUGCCCUUCCAGGGGAAGAAGAUCAAGUUUGACGACUGAAACAACACAUUUUUUGGUUUAGUGUCCCCCAUAUAUAGUGAAGUGUAAAGGUUGUCACCCAUUCUGUUGGAUGCUCAACAGCAGUGGUGAUCUCAGUACAGUUCAGUGAUCCUGUGUUGUGCCAAAGUGUAAUAUCAUUUGCAGUUAACAUGAUUAAAAAUAUCAAAUUGAUUUUUUGAUAAUUGAUUUUGACAGUUAUUGGAGUGAUUUAAAAAAAUAAAUGCUUAUUUUUCUCGGAAAUGUAAAUUGUGCAAAUAUACAAAAUGUAUAAUACUGUCAGUGUCAUGUUAGCCUACUGAAAAUGCUAACAUGGUAACAACAUACUACUUUCUAUCUGUUGUAAAUGUCUUAAUUCUACAUAAAGGUUAGAGUUACAUUCCCUAAUAUGAUUUAGUGCACACUUUACAUUUCUGAGGAAAUAAAGCUUAGAUUUUUACAUUAUCCGUCAAAAUCAUUACAUAAGUUUUGAAAACUUUACUUAUUAUCAAUCAGGUUAAGUGAAAGCUUUAUUACAUUUUCAGGUGUUUAUAAAAUAUAAACUUCAUCCCUAUACAAAUUUAGAUUUUUUUUAUAAAACAUCAAGAGAAAUGUGUUAAAAAUAUUUGUAUUCUUAAAUAUGAUUUUAUUCUAAACUGUGAUUGUUCAUAGAAUAUGUUUACUAGGUAACAACAGUUUUGAGGAACAAUACAUUUUGUAAGAGUGCCAGAAGUUAGAAAUGUAUAAAUGGGGACUUUGGAAGUAUUAUUGUUAAAUUUUUAAAAUAUUUAUAAACCUGUAUGCAAUUUGUCCAUAAUGGGAAUUAGGGCCCAGUUUUGGUGUAAUAAAAAUCUGAAAUUAAUGUACGGUGAUACAACUGAUUAUCUUUUGCAGCAAGAUCUUAAACUAAAUAACUUCUCCCUGUUGUUGGUACUUGUCCCCUGUGUAUUUAAUAAAUAUAAAGUGUAUGUUAGUUAGUUUUAAUGUA